AUGUCUGCCAAAGCCGUCUCCGAAGCCGACGGCAAGGCAAUCGAUGCCGACAUCAAGGGCGUACUCGACGCUGCCGAAACGAAGUACCCCUUUCUCCUCCAGCAAGAAGCCCGAUUCGUCGCCAAACCAGAUCAACUGAUAAAAAGGCGAGGCAAGAUGGGACUACUCGCGAUAAAUAAGCCAUGGUCAGAGGCAAGACAAUGGAUCGAGGCCCGCGCCGGCAAGGACCAGCCAGUAGGGAAUGUGAAGGGUGCCCUAAGAACGUUCUUGGUAGAGCCCUUUGUGCCCCAUCCAUCAAAUACCGAAUAUUACAUAAACAUGAACUCCGUUCGAGACGGUGAUUGGAUACUUUUCACUCACGAGGGUGGUGUUGAGGUCGGCGAUGUUGACGCCAAAGCCCAAAAGAUUCUCAUUCCCGUGGAUCCUGAAAAAUAUCCCUCCAAUGACGAGCUGGCAAAGACUUUGCUGAAAGAUGUACCGAAAGGCAUUCAUAACGUUUUGAUCGACUUCAUCUCACGCCUCUACGCUGUCUACGUUGAUUGCCAAUUCACCUACCUCGAAAUCAACCCGCUCGUCGUCAUCCCCAACGCCGACGCUACGUCUGCUGAAGUGCACUUUCUCGACUUGGCUGCGAAGCUUGACCAGACAGCCGAGUUCGAGUGCGGCGUCAAAUGGGCUGUCGCUCGAGGUCCUGCUGCUCUAGGCCAGCCAGUCUCAGCAACUGACAAAGUGAGCAUCGACGCCGGGCCACCAAUCGAGUUUCCGGCGCCUUUCGGUCGCGAAUUGAGCAAGGAGGAAGCCUACAUUCAAGAACUUGAUGCAAAGACUGGUGCGUCAUUGAAGCUGACCGUACUCAACUCAAAAGGCCGGAUCUGGACUCUGGUUGCUGGAGGUGGUGCUUCGGUAGUGUACGCAGAUGCCAUUGCUUCCGCGGGUUUCGCCGAUGAGCUUGCCAACUACGGCGAAUACUCCGGGGCUCCCACCGAGACCCAGACGUACUACUAUGCUCGCACUGUUCUCGACCUGAUGCUGCGCGCUCCCCAACGCCCAGAAGGCAAGAUCCUGUUCAUUGGGGGUGGUAUUGCUAACUUCACGAAUGUUGCUUCUACAUUUAAAGGUGUCAUUCGAGCCCUCCGAGAGGUGGCAGCAAAGCUCAAUGAGCACAAAGUGCAAAUAUACAUCCGCCGCGCAGGUCCCAAUUAUCAAGAAGGCCUCAAAAACAUGAAAGCCGUCGGCGAGGAGCUCAAGCUGGACAUGCACACAUACGGCCCAGAUAUGCACGUCUCGGGUAUCGUGCCGCUCGCUCUCGUACCUGGCAGGAAAAGCAAGGAAACUGUGAAGGAGUUUGUUGGACAUUAG